AUUCCUACAGGCUCUCUUCUCAGACAGAGCUCAAAGACCUAGCUAGCAGACACUUAGUGUGCGCAUCGGGGAGAGAGAGCGGGCUAAAUGGGUGUAAUUAUACCUCUCUAGUUGAUCCGGAAGGUUGUUUUUGCCACCUAGCUCGUCAUGUGAUUGCCCCUGGCUUCAUAUGCUUAGUUUUUUUUUUUGUAAACUUGAUUUCCAGCCCAGCAGUAGCCUACAUACCAUCGCAGAGAAGCCAAGUAGGACUUGUAAAUCUAAUACCAGUGGCGCGUUUUUUGGUAGGUUAGGGCUGUUGCGUUCCAAAAAGGUGGUGGACCCGACACAAGCCUCGUGUGGAGACUGUCACUUUAACUCUAGGUCUAACGAAAAAGGCAACAGCCGAACGCAAGUAGACCUGACACCUUUGUUUUUUUAGUCGGAGACGUCCCGAGAAGGAGUGUCUCACUCCCAAACCAGUCUGUUCCCGUAGUGAUCUGUUCAAUCCCGCUACAAAGAAGAGGAUUUCAAGGAAUAUAAUAUAUGCGCAGAUUAAAAGGUCUCAAAGGCUGACUUGACAAUGGGAUCUACAAACCACUGAAGUGGCUCUGACAAAAGAACAGGGGAAACAGGAGGAAAGAAAAGGAGAAAAACACUAAACAAAAGGAGAGGGGACUCAGAGAGAGAGAGAGAGAGAGAGAGAGAGAGAGCCCUUAUUGAAAAGAAAAGGAGAAAAACACUAAACAAAAGGAGAGGGGACUCAGAGAGAGAGAGAGAGAGAGAGAGAGAGAGAGAGAGAGAGAGAGAGAGCCCUUAUUGAAAAGAAAAGCGGAGGUCGGCUCGGGGAGGAUCAGCUUUGUCCAUCGGUGUGGGGUUGGGGGUGCAUGCUUGUCCUCUCCAGUGGGCUUCCUCCUUUGUGAGAGAGAGAGAGUUAACAAAAGACAAAGAAUGUGCAAUAAACAGAGAGGAGAAUGUCGACCGGCGGAGGAGGCUGGAGCAGGGAUGCCUGGUCUGGGGAGGAGAACCAGUGUGGUACUACUACUGGCUCUCCUGGUAGCCAUGGUCCAGGGACAGGUGGAGGUAAUGGGGGACAUGCUGCAGGAUGGACCCGGGAAGCUGGAGGCCUCCAUGCACUCCUCCAUACUGUCAGACUUCCAGGAGGUGGAGGCCUUGGAGCCGGUGGCAGCUACAGUCUAUCAGGCUGAAGUAGGAGCAGCAGGGGGGGAGUCAGGAAUCCCCGACUCGUCUGCUGUGGUUGGACGGGUGUUUCAAAUGAAGGUCCCGUUGAAGACGGACCACACCAGCAACACUAAGAUCACUGAGUCAGGCAAGGAGACGCUACCAGCAUGGCUGCACUGGGACUGGGAGAGCAACGUCCUACAGGGUCUACCACUGGAGGAGGACAAGGGUGUCCACUACAUCGCCGUCUCGACAUCAAACGGCGGCCAGGACAUCUUCUCCAUCGAGGUGCACCCAGAGGAACAUGUGGACCCGAUCCAGCUAGCCAUUCAGUCAGCAUCCAACAACGAGGUCAAGCCGUUUGUCUGCGGCACAGAGGAACCGGUGACUGUACUCACAGUGAUUCUGGACGCCGACCUCACCAAGAUGAGCUCCAGGCAGAGGGUGGAGCUGCUGGGCAAGAUGAAGAAGUUCUCUGGCGUGGAGCUGCAGCACAUGAAGAUACAUCCCGUGGUCAACAACAGAUUGUUCGAUAUGUCCGCCUUCAUGGCCGGACCGGGAAAUGCCAAAAAGGUGGUGGAGAACGGAGCCCUGUUAUCCUGGAAGCUGGGCUGUUCCCUGGACCAGAGCAAUGUCCCUAACAUCAGCAGCGUCCAGGCGCCAGCGAAAGAAGGCACUAUGUCUGCUCAGCUAGGAUACCCUGUGGUCGGUUGGCACAUCGCCAACAAGAAGCCUCAUAUCCCCAAACGGGUGAGGCGCCAGCUUAACAAUACCCCUACCCCGGUUCUUGUUGUGCUUCCCCCAACGUCUGUCGUCGAGCCCCCUAUUCGCAUUGUACCCACCCUGUCAUCACCUGCCAUUGCUGCCCCCACAGACAGUUCUGCCCCACCCAUGAGAGGACCUGUGCCCUUGCCCAUGAAGCCCACGAUCCGUGUCAGAGACUCAUAUGCCCACACUCCCACUCAGGGUGCACCCCUGCCAACCAGAGUGAUGGAGUCCACUAGUACCAUCUCCAUUGAACCCACUAUGACCAGGCAUACCGUUGUGGAAGCAACACCGACACUCCCUCCACCCACCACAGUUGCCACCAGAAAGCCAACCAAGAAACCAAAGAGACCGAAGACCACUCCGAUGCCAAGGGAGUCCAAGACCACCACAGCCAAACCAGCCAGGCGCACCACCCCUUCGUCCAUCGUGCCUGACCCAAGAAACGAGAAACCAGAUCUCCGCAACCCCAUCGAUCAGGUCAAUGCCUUUGUGGGCACAUACUUUGAAGUGAAGAUCCCAUCCGAUACAUUCUUUGACAAGGAGGACGGUACAACAGACAAACUAAGGUUGACCUUGAGGAUGAACCACAACGAAGUUGUCGGGGAUGACUCCUGGAUACAGUUCAAUAGCACAAGCCAGCUGCUAUACGGUCUUCCAGACUCAAAUCACGUUGGGAAGCAUGAGUACUUCAUGCAGGCCACCGAUAAGGGUGGUCUGAACGCGAUCGACGCCUUCGAGGUCCGUGUGAACCGCUGGGCAUCCAACGAUAAGUCCCCGGUCCUGUUCCAGGCCCGCUUACACGGAGAACCUCGCCUGGUGACCAAUGACAUCCACAAGAAGAUCUUGCUCAUCAAGAAGCUGGCGUACUCGUUCGGUGACCGCAACAGCAGCACGGUCACCCUGAGGAACAUCACCAAGGGAUCCAUCGUGGUGGAGUGGACCAACAACAGCCUCCAGCAGAACCCUUGUCCCAAGGAGCAGAUUCAGACCAUGUCCAGGAGGAUCUCUGAUGCCCAGGGAAGGCCCUCCCAGACCUUCAUCUCCGCCAUGGAACCAGACUUCAUACCCAUCAGCAUCAAGGUCAAAGGAACGGGUGCCUGCCGGAACUACAUGUUUGUCCCGCCUGGUGAAAUCACUAUCCCUAUCCCCCCAGCUGUCACGCCGGCACUGGGCACCGGACGCCAGAGCACAGACGACGUCUACCUCCACACGGUGAUUCCGGCCGUGGUGGUGGCGGCCAUCUUGCUGAUCGCUGGCAUCAUCGCCAUGAUCUGCUACCGCAAGAAGCGCAAGGGCAAGCUGACCAUUGAGGAUCAGGCUACCUUCAUCAAGAAGGGGGUGCCCAUAAUCUUCGCAGACGAGCUUGACGAUUCCAAGCCGCCCCCGUCCUCCUCCAUGCCGCUCAUCCUGCAGGAGGAGAAACCCCCUCUUCCCCCACCGGAGUACCCUAACAUGGCCAGUCCAGAGACCACCCCCCUGAACCAGGACCUUCUGGGUGAGUACACGGCUCUGAGGGACGAGGACCCCAACGCGCCCCCCUACCAGCCCCCGCCCCCCUUCACCGCACCCAUGGAAGGUAAAGGAUCUCGUCCAAAGAACAUGACCCCUUACAGAUCCCCACCACCUUACGUGCCACCCUAAGGGUUUAGCAGGCUCCUCCAGAGAAGGAGGAGGGAAGCAGGGGGACUUGUAAUGGUCUCAAUCCAGUGUCUGUUUGGAAAUAAAGGGUGGGAGGAGGAGGACAAAGUGGGAACAAACUUUGGAUUUUGGGUUGGGAGGGUUAUGGGGUGAUCUGAUUGAAGUUCAAGUUAUUGGAAAGACGGGAGGGAGGGAGAACUAGAUGUUAGCCGCGGCGACAGUAGCCACAAAAAGGACACUAUUCAGUCUGUCAUCUCAUUGGCUACAGCUGAAUGGCUAGUUUGGGAAGACACUCCCCUCUGGUCCCAGCGCUUUUUUUUCUCUGUUUGAAACUUAAUGGGCUUUUGUUUUAAUUUAGUUAUUUGGUUCUGUUUAGUUUAUUUUUUGGGGGGGGGGCUGACUUCAAACGACUUGCUUAACAACACUCUUUUUAUGUUAUUUUAUCUUGAAUAAUACAAGAAGAUAAUAAACAAACACACUGCAGGCAUAAAAUGUUUUUAAUAGAGAGAGAGAGAGAGUUUUAUGAAUAAAAACAGAAACAUCAUAAUCAUGUGGAUCUGCACCAGCCCUGCAGCUAGCCCUGCAGCUAGGCCUGCAGCUAACUCUGCAGCUAGCCCUGCAGCUAGGCCUGCAGCUAACUCUGCAGCUAGCCCUGCAGCUAACUCUGCAGCUAGCCCUGCAGCUAGCCCUGCAGCUAACCCUGCAGCUAGCCCUGCAGCUAACCCUGCAGCUAACCCUACAGCUAGCCCUGCAGCUAACCCUGCAGCUAGCCCUACAGCUAACCCUACAGCUAGCCCUGCAGCUAGCCCUACAGUUAGCCCUGCAGCUACACAGUGGCUUGUCGGGCGGUGGGUCAGUGUUUCGAGUCAAUAAGGUUUGCCUUUUAACACUAAUUGUAUAUUUGUAUCCUUAUUCAUACAAUGUCUAGUCAAGAUGAUCAUAACAAAGUUGGCCUAAAAAAUCAUUAGAAAUGUAAAACGUUCUGUUUGUUUUAUUUUUAAAUCCACUCUAUAUCUGGAUGGUUCUGGUUCAGAUAGACAGACAGACAGACAGACAGACAGACAGACAGACAGACAGACAGACAGACAGACAGACAGACAGACAGACAGACAGACAGACA